AGCCACUCUUGGGCUCGGUAAGACGCGGCCGACCGGUUCCCUGCGCUCCCGCGCGGGUCUGGUCGCCCGCGCGGUCGCCCGCGAUUCGCGAUGCCACAGAAUGAAUACAUCAAAGAGUCCAUCAAACGCUUUGGCCGGCGCUUCGAUCAUGAGGAGCGCAUGCGAAAGAAGAAGGCGCGAGAGCCCAAGAAGAUUGCCAAGACUGCGCGCAAGCUUCGGGGCAUCAAAGCCAAGCUCUUCACCAAAAAGAGGUAUUCUGAGAAGGCCACCAUGAAGAAGACCAUCAAGGCACACCAAGAGAAGGAUGCGAAGGCCAAGGACGCCGAAGAAGUGAAGCCAGGCGCCGUGCCAGCCUACCUUCUCGACCGAGAACAGGUGAGACGGACCAAGGUCCUGUCGAAUAUGAUCAAGCAAAAGCGGAAGGAGAAGGCGGGGAAGUGGCAAGUGCCCAUCCCAAAAGUCAAGGCGAUGACCGAGGACGAGAUGUUUAAGAUCCUCCGCAGUGGCAAACGAAAGAAGAAGGCGUGGAAGCGCAUCGUCAACAAGGUCUCCUUUGUGGGGGACAACUUCACACGGAAGCCGCCCAAGUUCGAAAGAUAUAUCCGUCCCUCAGCGCUGAGGUUCAAGAAGGCUCAUGUGACGCAUCCAGAGCUGAAGAUGACCUUCAAUCUAGAGAUUGUGAGUGUGAAGAAGAACCCCCAGUCGGCGCUCUACACGAACCUGGGCGUCAUCACCAAAGGCACCAUCAUCGAGGUGAACGUGAGCGAACUGGGUUUGGUGACGCAGACGGGGAAGGUGAUCUUCGCGAAGUACGCGCAGGUGACCAAUAACCCAGACAUUGACGGCUGCAUCAACUCGUUGCUGCUGGUGUAAAUAUCACAUGAGAUGGGCCCAGUGCCUUCGUGCGCGUUCAGGAUCCGUUGGAUUCAAUUAUCCUUGCUAAUGAUAGUGG